AUGGGCCUAAAUGACUCUUAUUCUCAUGCUCGCAGUCAAAUUCUUAUGAUGAAACCAUUACCAACAGUAAAUCAAGCUUAUGCUAUGCUCAUGAGUGAUGAAAGUAAGAGAUCUAUUGCAGCCACUGCUGGAGUAUUAGGAUCUGCUCCUAAUGUAAACACAAAUUCCUAUGACUCUACUGCUUUGUACAGUGCUAAGCCUAAUUACAAUCCAAAGUUUAGAAAAAAUUACAAAGUCCAAUGUGACUUUUGUAAAAUGAAAGGCCACAGUAAAGAAAACUGCUACAAAAUCAUAGGGUAUCCACAAGACUAUAAGACUAAAACGAAAGGGAGAGCUGGAGCAUACAAUGCUAUGAUAGAACCUAGUCAUGUUGUGCCUUUGCACACAAAUCAUGUCUCUCAGAACAGGGCAAUGACAUCUAUGCCAAUGCAACCUAUGCCUAUGUAUCAAGGCCAUCAGUAUGGGAGCCAAGUUCCUGAAGGAUUACAGGGUCAAGGGAUUUCAAGCACUCAGAAUCAGGAAGGUACUUCCUCUUCACAAUCUCAGGGAUCAGCAAAUACUGCUCCACAAGGUGGUGGUUUUCCCUUUACCAAGGAACAAUAUGAUCAGAUAAUGCAUAUUCUGAACAGUAGCCAAUCUCCUCCUACUCAAGCAAAUGCAGCAGGUAUUGACACUGCCCUGUUAGGUUACACUAACUCACAAGAACAAGAAUGGAUCAUUGAUACAUGUGCAACAAAUCAUAUGGUGUCAGAUGAUAUCUUCAGUGGCAAGGUGAGGGAGAUUGGUAGGGAAAGAGAUGUCCUAUACUUUCUGCAGAAUCAUGGGGCCAAGAAGCUCACUGCAGUUGCUCUAGUUGCAGUUGGAAUAAAGCUGCCAUUUUCUACUAGUUGUGUUAAGAGCAGUGAUGCAUUUGAUCUAAUUCAUAUGGAUGUUUGGGGUCCUUACAAGUAUGCAACUUUUGAUGGAAAAUUUAACAAAACCUUGAAGGUAGUCAGAUCUGAUAAUGAAUCUGAAUUUGUUAACUCUGUAUGCACCACCUUAUUUCAGAAAUAUGGCAUUAUCCAUCAGAAGACCUGUGUUUAUACCCCUCAGCAGAAUGGAGUUGCUGAGAGGAAACACAGACAUAUCCUGGAGGUGACUAGAGCCUUAAGAUUUCAGGCCAAUAUUCCUAUUAAGUACUGGGGUCAUUGUGUUCUUGCAGCAGUAUAUAUUAUUAACAGGAUGUCAUCUUCUGUACUCAAUGGUUUAUCUCCCUUUGAGUUGUUGUAUGGCAGAGCACCCAUUGUGGACCAUUUGAGAGCGCUUGGCUGUCUGUGUUAUGCCAAACAGAUUCAGGAGACAGAAAAACUUCUUCGUAGGGCUAAACCUACAGUCCUUAUGUUGUUUUCUGAUACUCAAAAUGGCUACAUUUUGGAAGAUGUUUUCCCUUUCAAGGACUCUCCUGUAGCUAUACCACCUGUGUUCUUGCCCCCUGAGCCUUCUAUUGUUGAUACUGAGUUCACUUCACCUCCUUCUUCUAGUGAUUCUGGCAAUACAGCUAAAAGAUUAGAACAUGACUUAUCUCUACAACACCACUCAUCAUCAAAAGCAGUUCCAGCAACCUUGCCUUCUUAG